UCUCUUAAAUUAUAUCUCUGCACCUUCUUCUGAAUGGAGCCGUUUCGUAUUAACUUGCUUAUUUUUCUGCACCUACUACUUCUCUCAUUUUUUCUUUUUUCUAAGUUUUUUUUUAUUAACUGCAAGGCUCAUGGUCAUUGCCUUCCGGCUGAGAGCUCAGCACUUCUCCAGCUCAAGCGAGGUUUUACUUCUGGUGACCUUGAUACAUGGCAGUUAAGCACGAAUUGUUGCAUUUGGGAGGGUGUUACAUGUGAUGAAUCAUCAGGAGGGGUCAUAGCUCUUGACCUAAGUAAUCGGCUCAUUGGUGGUAUGAUUGAUCCUAGCCUUUUCAAACUCACAUCUUUACAUGAUCUCAAUUUUUCCAACAACAUAUUUCAAGGAAUAUCCAUUCCAAAUUAUGGGUGGGAUCAGCUUGCAAAUCUUUCAAGCCUCGAUCUUUCCAAUGCCGGUUUUGCUGGGGAAAUUCCCAUUGGUAUAUCUCGCUUGACGAAGCUGACUUUCCUUGACCUCUCCAAUCAGAAUGGUGAAUUUGGGGGGCUUACGCUCACAGCUAAACCAAUAUUUUUGCGAAACAUGAGCAUUUUGACGGACCUUUAUCUUGACAAUAUAAAUCUCUCAUUAUAUCAUAAUGAAUUGUGUGGUGCUCUAACCAAUUUCACCCUUGCACUUGAGGUGCUGAGCAUGAGUUAUUGUUUUCUCUCGCGUGCUAGUUGCUCCUCUCUCUCCAUGCUCCCUCAUUUAUAUAGUCUUGACCUUACUGGCAAUAAUUUGAACUCUAACAUUUUUUAUUCAUUUGUCAAUUUUACUUCUCUAUCUUCACUAGCAGUUGGAGAGAAUCAAUUCGAAGGUGUUUUUCCCAAGAAAAUAUUUCUACUAAAAAAAUUACAGUAUCUCGAUAUCUCAGACAAUCAUAUGCUUUCUGGUUCUCUUCCAAAAUUUCCAGAGGAAAGUAAGUUAAUAAGUUUAGAUCUUUCUUUUACUAAUUUUUUUGGGAAUUUACCUGAUACAAUAGGCAACCUUAAGUUUUUAAAAAAUUUGAAUCUCCUUAGUUGUCAAUUCUCUGGGAGAAUACCACCUUCAAUAGGAAAUCUAUCACAACUAGAGCAUUUAUAUUUAUCAGAAAACAAUCUACAAGGGCAUAUUCCAAAAUCUUUAUUUCAAAUAUUAGGACUUAGUGUGCUUUCACUUGGUUCAAAUAAUUUUAGUGGAGACUUAGAGUGUGAGUUUAUCAAGGAUCUUAAGAAUCUUUAUUUUUUGGACCUCUCAAAUAGUGGACUUUCCUUAAAUUCAUGGGAUGCAUAUAAUGGAUCUUUCUUAUCUUCCUUUCCUAAGAUAUCAUAUUUGGCAGUAACUAGUUGCAAUCUAACUAAGAUCCCUACAAUCAUAAAUUUCCCACAUAUUAUGAUUUCCUUGGAUCUCUCAAAUAAUAGAAUUCAUGGGGAAAUACCCAGCUGGUUUUGGAGAAUUAUAUAUCUGAACUUAUCUUGUAAUAUGUUCAAACAUGUUGCAGAGCCUCCUGUUAAUCUUAGUACAUCUAAUUUUUUUAACUAUAUUGAUCUCUUUUCCAACAUGCUUGAAGGUCCAAUUCCUCCUCUCCCAUUAAUUAAACAUACACUAUUAGAUUUCUCAAAUAAUCAUUUCACAUCUUUUAUCUCAAUCAACAUCACCUCUCCCCAAAAUUCUUUAAACUACCUUAUCCUUUCAAAUAAUAGUUUGACUGGAGAAAUCCCGCCAUACAUCUGCAAUAUGACCAACUUAAUGGAACUUGAUUUAUCAAAUAACAGGUUAACAGGUUCUAUUCCAUCAUGUUUAUUGAAAGGAUUUUAUCUGCAAUUACUAAAAAUAGGAGGAAAUCAGCUUCAUGGAGCCAUCCCCAAUGAAAUUAGUCCAAAAUGUGAAAUGAAAACAUUAGAUCUCAGAGACAACCAAUUAGAUGAGAUGAUUCCUAAGUCUCUAUCUAAUUGUCAAUCACUUGUGAUUUUGGACUUAGGGAACAACAACUUAAAGGACACAUUUCCUUAUUGGUUGGGAAAUCUGUCAUCUCUAAGGGUUCUUGUUUUAAGGUCAAAUAAAUUCCAUGGGAAAGUUGGGCCUUUCGAAGGAAAUCUUGAAAGAAAUUAUGCUUUUUCUAUGUUACAUGUCUUGGACAUCUCAUUCAAUAACUUUAGUGGCAAAUUAUGUGCAGAGAUCUUCAACAAUUUUAAGUCAAUGAUGAUAGAUAAAAAGGACACAAUACAAAAUGAUAUGAUUCUUGGAGUAAACGGCCAAGAAUAUUAUUUGGAUUUGCUCACCAUCUUGAACAAGGGGCAACAAAUGACAAUAUCAAAGUCAUUGAAAAGCAUUAUGUUAUUAGAUUUUUCCAAUAAUUUAUUUGAAGGAGAGAUUCCUAUAACAAUUGGCCAACUUAAUUCUCUUCAAGUGCUCAACAUGUCACAUAACUAUUUAACAGGUAAAAUUAUUCCACAACUUGGGAAUUUAUCACAGCUCGAGUCAUUGGACCUCUCAAUGAAUAGCCUUUCUGGUAAGAUCCCACAAGAGUUGGCUUAUUUAUAUUUCUUGGAAUAUUUAAACCUCUCCUACAAUAAGUUGGUAGGAAACAUUCCAAUUGGAGGUCAAUUCUCCACUUUCCUGAACACUUCAUUUGAAGGAAAUAAUGGAUUAUGCUUACUUCCAUGUAACACAUCAGUUCCAAGAGUGAACAAUACUACAAUAUCAUCAACUUUACGCAACCAAGCUCCAAAGAAUAGAAGAUAUAUGAUUAUAUUGGGAAUAUUAUUUGGUGUCGGAUUUGGAGGUUCAAUGGCAGUAGUUGUUGUGCUUGAUGUCAUGUGCUGUGAUAGAAGCAAGAGGAGGAGAGGCAAGAGAUCUAUUGAUGGAUAAUUUGCAUGGAAGCCUUCUUGUAAAAGCAUUCUACUAAUGUAAAGGAAAGCGUUGUUGUAAUGAAUCUCGGUCUGUUUGAAUUAAUGUAUAUUGUAAUUCAAAUAUUUGCAUUGAUAGAAUUGUAUAUUUGAUGUUUCUAAUUUAUAUUUUUUCCUCUCUAA